AUGGAUAACGAGACGAGCAUGAGACGGCGAAAUGUCCAAAAAGAUGAUCAAGUUUGCGAACCUCAGUCUGUGACAUUAUCGAAAGCAAUCGAUCAAUUUGAACAUUAUUUAUCUCAAUUAUCAUCGAAAGAUUUAAAACAGUAUGAACAUCAUAUACGAUCAAAAUUAGAUAGAGACGAAUCGAAAGAACAUUCGCUACCAACAUCAACAUCUUUUGUAAAAUCAAAUUUCGAUCGAUUUAUCUUACUUGGAAUUUUACUCAUAUUUCAAUCGUUUUCAUCCUUUAUCUUGGGUUCAUUUUCUGAUCUCAUUUCGAAGCAUAUACAAAUUACAAUGUAUCUGACCAUGCUUGUUGGUAGUGGUGGUAAUGCAGGAAAUCAAGCAGCUGUGUUAAUGAUUCGACAAUUAUCUGUGGGAACUCGAUAUAAACUGGCGAAGCUAUUAUUCAAUGAAACUUUAGCAGCUCUGUUUAUAGGUACACUAAUUACUUUGGUGGGUUUUAUUCGUGUUUUAAUAGAAGAAAAGGGUGAAUUACGAAUAUCAUUAACGAUUUCACUAGCUCUAUUUUCAAUUGUUACAAUAUCUAUUGUUCUCGGUACAUGUUUACCGUUGAUUUUUAAUCGAAUAUUCGGUCUAGAUCCAGCACAUGCUGGACCUACGAUUCAAGUAUGCAUGGAUAUUAUUGGUGUUUGUAUUACAUGUGCUGUUGGACAGUGGAUGUUAAACUGA